AUGUCUGAUCCCUCUCCAAACACCACUUCAACUCCUUCUCGCCCUCCACCCAACACUCAAUUGCCUCAGUCAGCUCCAAAUGAUCCUUAUGGCGACAUGCGACAGCUUCAAGCCCGAUGGCAAUCUUUGUCCCUCAAUAACACGCCGGCUAGUACUCCCAGUCCACCAAAACGCAAAGUCUACAAACCUCGAGAAGCCAAGAAGAAAAGGCAACCACGUGAUAUGUACGAAGAAAUUGACCUUGUCUUCCUGAGAUCAUGCUAUGUUUUAACCAUGGCCCUGAUGGGACAAACCGACGCAAAAUCUCCAUUUCCGCCACCACCAGAUCAGUUCUAUAAUUGCUCACUUCAACGAUUUAUCGGACUCAACCCGGACCCCGAAGGUUCUGAAGCACCGGCCCUUCAAACUACCAAAAUACGUGGAAUCAGCAAUCAUAAACAUAAACUGGACCGUGACUAUAUUGACUACAUAAAGGGAGCCAUGGCAACUUGUCACAUUUACUUUUUCACUAUGGACUGGGGUGCUCACAUUGACGAUCAGUUCAAUCAAAUCAUGAUUCAGUUCUUUGUGAAAGUUUGGAAGUGGGGGUUGAAUAGUUUUAGAUUUCCGCCAGCUGCCAAAAAGGAAGCUGAGCGACUUGAGAUGAACGACAAGAUCCUCGCAGCUAUCUACGUCAGGCAUUAUAAGUACCUUCGUACUCAAUACAAGAAGCUUGUACUCAACGAUAAUGCGCUAAUCGAAGAACAAGCGCGAAACUCUCUCAGUGUGGCUUUACUACGUAAAACCGAGGAUCACCAACGAUAUCUCAUGGCCAUGGGUACUCUGCCAUGCUAUGUUGAUACAUUUGAAAAUCGAUACGUAAACUCUGACUGCGAAGUUGAGCCCGAUGCAACCUUCCCACAAUACGAAAUUGAAUAUGCCAAGGUACCUUUUUGGCAAUCUCCUAUCGCAACUCAGUUUAUCGACUUUAUUGAAAAUCAUCGAUCAACCACCAAGUCUGUUACUCCUGGCUUCAAGGGGAGACCCAAGCGUGGUAAUAAGGCUCGCCCACGUCGCCGUCGUAACCCACCUGUUGUGGACUACGAUGUUAAACCACCGCCUGGUCUUCCCGAAGAUUGGUACAACCCUGAAUACUUAGCUCUCAUAACAUACGAAGACAUCCUGGAUUUAGAGAUGGGACCUCGAAUGUUCCCUCCUUCUGGGAAUUUCAUGAGUAUAUUCCCAUCGAUUUCGGACGUCACCUUGUAUGAUAAAUCUGGAGAAGCAUGUAUCCCUCCACAUCUUUUGAACUUCCCACUCGCUCCAUUUAUGACUGGCAGAACUUUUCCAGAAUGUCCUCAGUAUGACUUUGUAAAUCAUCCACUCUUCAAUAUGCCUCCUAGGUCAGCAAACGCAGAACAGCCUACCCCCGGAAGCUCAGCAAACGCACAACAACCUACCCCUGGAAGCUCAGCAAAUGUACAACGAUCAGCGGCGAUGGAAGAAUCAGAGUUCAUGAUGGAGCAUGACUCCCUCUUUGAUGGUUCCGACAGUGAUGAGGAGUUAUAG